AUGCCUCCCGAUUAUGUUAUUGAGAUUACUUGCAUGCAGAACGCCUCGCGCUUAUCGGGCCUUUCGUGUGGACGUCGAGAUUAUAAGUAUGGAGGGGACAGAUAUGCCAACAUUGUUGAUUGCGAGAGCGUGAUGAGAAUGUUGUCAUUAUUGUCAUCCGACUCGUCCACGUGCUCGCUCGUUUCCGAUCGAGUGAGUCAUCGUCAUCGAGUGAUCCAGCCAUCUAUCUGCCUAAUUAUUACUAGCAGAUUGCCAUUUGUCAGAGAGAACCUUGGGGCCUGCUUGCAUGGAGCCCAGCCUUCUGAUAUGCAUAUGCGUGUUGCAUACGCCGGGGCAUGGGCACUAACUUCCAAGCCGGCACAGAAAUACAUACAGACUGGCUGUCUAGCUGGGAGAAAUUAUAAACAAAGAAAAAAAAAGCCAACUCAUUUUAUGAGUAUUUCCAACAGCAAGAAGACGCCAUUGCGAUUUUGUGUAGGGUCAUGCAGGGAGUUGUUCUUUUUUUUUAACUCUAUCCCGGUUCCAAUAUUGAUUGAUGGUCAAUAG